GUUGGACUAGUCCAAGAUCAGCUGAUGCCCAGAUGAUCCAACAUGGCGACGAAAAUGGAUGUGGACGAAGACGUCGGUCCCGCGCCCCCUGACCUGAACCGGCUUUAUGACCUUGACUCGUACUUGAAACCCUUUGACAAGGAAAUCAAAAGGAGGUACAAAUGCUUUGUGGAAGUGCUAGAGCAUAUAAACCAACACGAAGGAGGGCUGGAGAAGUUCAGCCGUGGGUACGAGAACUUUGGGAUCCAUGUGACGGAGGACGGAGGGCUGGUGAUGCGAGAGUGGGCACCUGGAGCAGUAGAACUCUAUCUCAUGGGGGACUUCAAUGGAUGGAACAAAACAUCCCACUCCUUUGAAAAGAAGCCCUUUGGAAAAUGGGAACUGGUUCUUCCACCAAAGGAUGAUGGGAGUUGUCCUCUAGACCAUCUGUCUAAGUACAAGCUUGUUGUGAAGGACAAAAAUGGUCAUCUACUGGAGCGGAUCUGUCCCUGGGCCAAGUACACCAUUCCAUCUAAUGAGACAAAGAUCUACGAAGCGAUGUUUUGGAACCCGCCAGAGAAAUACGUGUUUCAGCAGUCCCGCCCAGCGACCCCCCGCAGCCUGAGAAUAUACGAGUCUCAUGUUGGGAUCUCAUCAUGGGAGGGCAAGGUUGCAGACUACAAGCACUUUGCGUAUAAUGUCAUUCCAAGGAUCAAGAAACAAGGUUACAACUGUAUCCAGAUGAUGGCAAUAAUGGAGCAUGCCUACUAUGCCAGCUUUGGUUACCAGAUUACCAGUUUCUUUGCUGCCUCCAGUCGUUAUGGUCCUCCAGACGACCUGAAACUUCUCAUCGACACGGCACACAAAGAGGGGAUAACAGUCCUGCUGGAUGUGGUCCAUAGCCAUGCUUCCAAGAACGUUCUGGAUGGUCUGAACCAGUUCGAUGGAACCAACGCCUGCUUCUUCCACGCAGGCAGCCGAGGAAAUCAUGACUUGUGGGACAGCAGAUGUUUUGACUACACCAACUGGGAAGUGCUUCGCUUCUUGUUGUCCAACCUAAGAUGGUGGAUGGAGGAAUACCAGUUUGAUGGGUUCCGGUUUGAUGGCGUCACCUCCAUGUUGUACCACAGUCACGGGAUCGCGCACGGCUUCUCUGGAGGUCUGGGGGAAUAUUUCGGCCUCCCUACAGACUCAGAAUCCCUCACGUACCUAACAUUGGCCAAUCACAUGCUGCAUGAGCUAUACCCAAACUGCAUCACCAUAGCAGAGGAUGUUUCGGGGAUGCCAGCUCUUUGCAGACCUGUGUCAGAGGGAGGAAAUGGCUUUGACUAUCGCUUGGGGAUGGCAAUUCCAGAUAAAUGGAUCAAGAUCUUGAAAGAGUACAAGGAUGAAGACUGGAAUAUAGGAGACAUUGUUCACACCCUGAUCAAUCGCAGACAUGGAGAGAAGACAAUAGCUUAUGCUGAGAGCCAUGACCAGGCAUUGGUGGGAGACAAGACACUGGCAUUCUGGCUCAUGGAUGCUGAGAUGUACACCAACAUGUCAUGUAGCUCAGAGAUGACUGUUACAGUGGAUAGAGGACUAGCCCUACAUAAGAUGAUCCGCCUCAUCACACAUGGUCUUGGAGGCGAGGGGUGGCUCAAUUUCAUUGGGAAUGAGUUUGGGCACCCUGAAUGGCUGGACUUUCCUCGAGUGGGAAACAACAGCAGUUUCCACUACGCCCGCCGGCAGUGGAACCUGGUCGAUGACGACCUCCUUCGCUACAAAUUCCUCAACAACUUUGACCGUGACAUGAACCUGACUGAGAACCAUUUUGGGUGGCUGGCUGAUAAACAGGCUUAUGUAAGCAGUAAGCAUGAGGGUGACAAGGUGGUCGUGUUUGAGCGAGGAGGCUGUGUGUUUGUCUUCAACUUCCACACCCACCAGAGCUACACAGGCUACAGAAUCGGAUGUGACGUCCCUGGAAAGUACAAGAUAGUCCUGGACACUGAUGACCCGGCAUAUGGUGGACAUAGCCGCCUGGACCACACCACAGAGUUCUUCACAGAACCCAUUGAACAUGACAAGAGGGCCAAUUCAAUACAGGUGUAUAUGCCAGCACGUACAGGCUUCAUUCUGGCAAAACAAGAUGACUAAAA